AUGAGAAGAAACUGCACCAGUCGAGAUGAAAGAAUAAGUGUAGAGCCAUCUUCAAUUAGGAUCCACCGGUUGGGAGGUGAUACAUUCAAGAACUCACAAGAAUCAGUAACGUCAUCCAGCCGUACAUGGAUUUCUAUGAUUGAAACAAUUAGAAAUCGUGAACAAUUGAGAAUGCCAUAUACAAGGUGGAGCUUUGAUAUG